UUGACCUCGAGCACGUGAUUUUGACGUUCUAUCCGGUAAGCAAACCGAUAAUAUUUUUGCAUGGAUCACGCAAUGGAUCAAGAGUAUUGUAGUAAUGAGCCGAAUGUGAAGAAAUGGAAAUUCUCUGAUUCUGUCGACUCCGAGUCCGUCGAGCACGACUCUGAUCCUUAUUGGUGCCCUCACCAGUUGGAGAUCGCUUAUGUGACCCCGACCUCAACUCUAUUGCCAAUGGAAAGCCGCUUGAAGGUCACGAAAAUAAAGAUGGAUGGACCAGAAGAUAAUAGUCUUUUCUUACCAAAGGAAAACACCAAGAAACAUAUGAGAGGAUGUAAUGAUUUCAAGCGGAUUUCUCGAUACCUGGAGGGCUGUAAGAAGCCUGACGGCCCGUACGCUUUUUUUUAUAUGUUUCUGUGGAUUUCUGUGCAUUUUGAUCGCCGUUGGCUGUUCGUAUUCCUACGGUAUUCUAUUCCCAGUGCUACUGCACGAAUUCAAAGAAGGAAAAGCCAAGACAGCUUGGGUAGGCUCUCUAGCGUAUGCAUGCGGCAGUCUGUUUGGACCAGUUGUAGGACUUCUAUGUGAUCGAUUCAAUCACCGUACAGUUGGUAUUUCCGGGGGUAUUAUCUCCACCGCGGCCCUCCUUGCUACUUCGCAAGCCCCAAAUCUGACCCUGAUGUACUUCACAUUUGGCGUUGGGUUUGGCUUUGGGAAUUGCUGUAUCUUCUUUGUUGUGCUAACUAUCGUGCCCAGGUACUUCAUUAAAAGGCGCUCUUUGGCAACAGGGCUCGUUCUCAUGGGGUGCGGAGGGGGAUUAAUUGUAAUGAGCCCCAUCAUUCAGGCCUUGUUGACUGUGAGCUCAUGGAGAAUCACAUUUAUUGCCAUGGCAGGGAUGUUGUGCGUGAGUUGCAUUUUGUCUUGUACAUUCGACUCAAAGAUAGGUGACAACGACAAAGAGGGUACUGACCAAGACAAGAGGCCGACUAAGUUGUGCUCGACGUUAGAUUUUUCAUACCUGAGAAAUAAGCAAUUUGUCAUCUACCUGAUUGGAAGUACUACGUGUUUCUGCGGAAUUACUGUUCCUUUGGUUCACAUGGUAAGUUGAUGUUAAACAUGAAGUGGGUUACUUUAUCACUACGCUACUACACGAUGAACUUGUAUUCCGACUGGAAGAAUGGCAAUUUCGUGCAAUCUCUCUAUUCACAGAGACCAGGAUAAUCCUUGGAAUUAAGGGCGUCAUAUUCACACACUGAUUUGUUCAAUCCUCCCUAAAUGUACCUUCUUGCACGAGUCUAUGCCAAAAGAAAUCUGAAUUUUGAAGCGUUAUCAUCAUAUCACGGACAAGUUGAAUUGAAGGCCUUUUUAUAUGUACCUGUAACGUAAAACCCAAAUUGCUUUAUGC